GCGGAUGACUGGGGUCAGGGUGGAGCUUCGCCCUCUCUCCCUUAACGGUUGCCUUCGGUCAAAGGGAAGAGGUCUCUCAACCGUCUCGUUGCUUUGUUUUCAUAUUUUGGUUCUGCUUUGUUGGUGUGUGACUCUUGUUCAUGUCAUGCUGAAAAUAUAUUGGUUAUCAAUUAUGUCGAUCUAGCAACCGACAUUGAUGGAGGACUGUAAUCGUACAGUGUACGAUGGUGAAAUGUCUACCGGGCCUCCAUAACAGACCUCUGUGGACCAGAAUACAUUUUGGCCUCACAAAUGAUAAUGUGUUGCAAUUUACAAACAGAGCCAAAAUGGCCACCAACGCUUACCCUUGUCCAUGCAGCGAAGAGGUGAAGAGGGAGAUGGGCUUAAAUACAUUUAUCGGGAAAGAUUGCAAGGGUUGGAAGGCGUUGUUUACCCUCUUUGUAAAUAAGGCCCCAGUGGAUGAGGAGCGUGGCAGUGAGUGGACCUCUGAGGGAACAGCUGUGACGUGUCUCUGGCCAGGUCACAAGAGAGGGCAGGGGAAACAUUUUCCCUUCCCAUCCGUGUCCCAAGGGAACGCUAACCCCUCCGCUAGGCUCUCCGAAAGCAGACAAAACAAGUCAAAUACCGAUCGCUAUCAAACCCUGAUGCCUAUCAAGCUCAUGUUGGAUAAAUACUGUCAGCGCUGCACAGCGCAGCGUCUUUCUGUUCACAAACUUCACAAACCUUUCGGUUGUAAUUUUUCCCAAAGAGUAGAUGGCGCAGUUGACCUUACUGAAUGCAGCAUUUACAGUUCAUUAACAUCUCCCGAUGGGGAUAGGAGAACUUUGACCUGGAGAAAUGUACCUUGCGUGGAUGUCGUCAUGACCGGCCUCUGUUUAUGAGUACUUUAUAAGUAGAAAAUACGUGCACUUUUUGUGUAAGGAGAGUAUAUGUUGUCAGCAAACACUGUACAUUGUGUCCAGGGUGAGCAGGUCUGGAUUUAGAUUACGACCAGUUCAUUGUUUAAGUGGGCUUAAAAAUACCACAUUUAUUUUGACAUAUGUGGAUUUCAAUGUGAAGUGGACCAUUAAAAAGAUCAGCUUUUCAUUUAUGUUUUUUUUUAUUAAUUGAACAACCCAAAAACGUUGAAUGUGACUUUGUGGAGGGCUGCAGGAGUUGAGCAAGCAUUACAGCGUUGAUUAGAAAAACAUGCACAGCGCUGCCCCAUGCCUGGGCUCCGGAGGCGAGCGGGAGUUUACGGCCAUAGCACUACACUGGAAAUCCCUUCCUGGUUUCCCCCUUCCCCUCCCCAGCUCCAGCCUGCACUUCAUUAGCAAUCCUCUAUUCCCCCAACGCCUGCAGAGGUGACUCCUCUUUUCCGGGACUGGAGGAAUGUUUUUCUCCCCAGGGUCCAGCUGGCGAGAAAUGGCCAGACGACGAAGGGGGGGAACCUGGGCCCUGAUGGUCCAGGAUGUGGAGAGGGCUAGGAGGAAGGAGAGGUGGUAUCAAGACCCCACUUUUACCCCUACUAACCCCAACCCCAAAAAGGACCACAAAACCAUAGAGAAACCCACGGCUGUAAACGGCUGCCAGCUGCUGAGUAGAUCAGAAGCAUGGCGGGCUUUGUGAUGGAUACGGCAGGACCACCGAUAGAAGGAAACCCACUGGGUCAAUGCACACAUACAGCAUCUGACGAGCUCCUCUAUAGGUGGGCCUCUCACCAAUCUACACAAGGACGACAACAACAGCUAAUUUUGCCAAAAUCAGGGGUUAUCAUCGGGAAUGAAUGGCUGAUUGACAACAUGUCGUGUGGCGCUGGUUGGCUCUUGUGUUUGAGCCAGGCAGUGAUGUGCUUGUUGCUAUGGUUGUUCACCACACUCGACACGCUCUCCGUUUGGAGUUGUGUCCUCAGAGUCCUCCUCUCUCCCUCCACUCAUGGCCAUUACAGCGCUGAAACAUCUGCUCUCUGAAACGCCGCUUUCUCUUUUUUUUCUUCUUCUUUAUGCUCCAUCGCAAGCGACUGACCUGACAGAGUAGGAGCCUCGGAACGAGAGUGCUAGAGCACUUCUUCACGACCUGCCUUCCUCUCUCCAUCGCCCUGUUUUUAGAUAUGGUUAUCUCGCUGCCUUUUAAAUAGGAAGUGCAUGCAAACCUCUCUCGCUCUCUCUCCCUCUCUCCCUCUCUUUCUCUUUCUCUCUUCUCUCUUCUUUCUCUUUCUCUCUCUCUUCCCUCUCUCUCUCUCUCUCUCUCUUCCUCUUGCUUUUGCUCCCUCUCUAAGAGAGAGAGUACACGAUUGUACACGUUACAAUGCUUUCUUAAAUCCUCCAUUAGUUGGGCUUGGCGAGCUUUAAAUGUUUUAGCGGCUGACAAAUAAAGUACCGGUAAAUACAAUCCAACAGGGUCACUUCAGAGGUUUGGUUUAGCUGCACUGACUUCUAAUGCGCAAAAUGUGCUCCAUCUUUGAUUCCCAAUUAUUUUAUGAUCUUGAUAUUCAAUCACCAAUCACACAGUGCUGAGACAAUGUAAAUUCCGGUCCAGUCAGACAGAAGGGAGAAAAUUGAGAGGAUGCAAGGUGUGAAUUCUACACUGAGGCUGCUUCACAGUUUGCCUGGGCAGAUGGUUGGGGAUUCUCAUCCCUAGUGUUGGUUCACUGGGUUUGUUUUGGUGUCUUCUCUGUUUGGUUGCGACACAGCUGCUAGUCCAGAAAGCUCUCUUUGAAGAGUAUCUUUAGGGCCACUAUACCAAUUCGAUACUCCCAGAAUUGACUUUAGUGCAUAAGUAUGUCGACUAACUAUGAUGGGGCAAGUCAGAUUAGGGUAAUACUUUAGUAUUAUGGGUAUAUUCAUAGUAAAACGGAUAUUGGGUAAUUGAUCCUCGAAGACACACACACCUGCAAAACUCACUUUUCUUUUUUUUAAGAAAUGUUUAGAUGGAUAAAAAUGUAUGAAACAAUGCGUAGAUUUUUCGACAGCUAAUUUGUUAUGCAAAAUAUAUUGCAUAACAACGACACCACAGCGAGUGUCCAUCUGGUCGCAGGCAGGCUCUUGUGUUUUGAUUUCAACUGUCCAAUGAAGGAAGUGGUUUGUGUACAGGGCAUGGGUGUGUCAGGUCACUACGCAAACACAUACGACCGCUUUUAGAGAAGUGAGAGCAGUGAACAACGAAAUAAUUACUGCCGGGCGUGUUAGUCAUUGGCAACGAAUACAUAGAUAAUGCAGCACCUCACUUAGCUCUUAAGGACUGCUAAUGCUAUAUUUAUUCUGUUACUCUCCACUGAGCUGGACUUUGUAACAUAUAUCGGAGCGGUCAGUUGUCUUUACGCCAAACGUGAUGUAACUUUGUCUGUGUUCAGUGAUUGGUUGUUGCAGAUUCUUAGCCUUUAGUUUCCUGGUGAAGCCUCUGUACUCUGGACCUCACCAGAGAGAGAGAGAGAGAGAGAGAGAGAGAGAGAGAGAGAGAGAGAGAGAGCAAGAAUGGUGGACAAGAUAUGGAGGAAGAGUUGGCAUUUUAUAGAAAAUAGAAAGUCUUUUCGGAUUAGGCAGUUUUCUGCUAGUGCGGCAGAAAGUAAGAGUGACGUGGAAGGGGAUGGACGGCCUGGCGAGAGCGGCCCUUCCCUGGACGGCGGAGCCGGCUACGGCCGUGGACCAGUGACUCACGGCUCGGCCAUCAGCCCCGACCGCUUCGACGGCCCGCUCUACAGCCACGGGGUCCAACCGGGCCCCCAGAGGCCCCGCCGGCCCAAGCUCCAGCACUCGCAGUCCAUCCUCCGCAAGCAGGCCGAGGAGGAGGCCAUCAAACGCUCCCGCUCGCUCUCCGAGAGCUAUGAGCUCUCGGCCGACCUCCAGGACAAGCAGGUGGAGAUGCUGGAGCGUAAAUACGGCGGCCGCUUCAUAACCCGCCAUGCGGCGCGCACCAUCCAGACGGCCUUCCGCCAGUACCAGAUGAACAAGAACUUCGAACGCCUCCGGAGCUCCAUGUCGGAGAACCGCAUGUCCCGACGCAUCGUCCUGUCCAACAUGAGGAUGCAGCUCUCCUUCGAAGGCCCCGAGAAGGUGCACAGCUCGUACUUUGAGGGCCGGCAGGUGUCCUUGACGGAGGACGGUAGCCCCCUGGGGCCGUCGGACUGCGGCGACAUGGAGGCCCACCAGCAGGCCAACAUGGCGGCCCACCCCGCCCCGCAGGGGGACCUGAGCGACGCCAUCACGGAGCUGGAGGACGCCUUCUCCCGGCAGGUCAAGUCCCUGGCCGAGUCCAUCGACGACGCGCUCAACUGCCGCAGCCUGCAGGGCGACGAGGGGCCCGACCCGGACGCCAUGGGCUGCGGCGAGAUGGCGCGGGAGGCGCCCUACCAGAGGAAGUCGCACCGCCGCGGGCCCUCCCCCGGGCGCCUGCACGACGAGAUGAUGGCGUCGUACAGCGACGUCACGCUGUACAUCGACGAGGAGGACAUGGCCCCCGCCAUGGCCCGCUCCCGCUCGGGCGAGCAGCCCUCCAGCACGGAGUCGGACGUCCGGCUGCGCUCGGUCAACUCCUCCUCCCAGGAGUACUGGCCCAUGGACCCCAAGGACGAGGGCCGGGACACGGACACCAGCUGCCGCAGCACCCCGUCCCUGGAGUGCCAGGAGCAGCGGCUGCGCAUGGACCACCUCCCGCUGCUCACCAUCCAGCCGCCCAGCGACAGCUCGGCGGAGCACAGCGACCGCUCGGACCGCAGCUCGGUCAAGCGGCCCCCCGUGUACGACCCCCACAGCCACAUCGUCACGUCCUCCCAGGCCAGCCCCAAGCACAUCUCCCACGGGCCCCCGCCGCCGCGCACCUCGUCCCGGGAGGAGGACGCGCCCCUGCGGCACCGCCACCGCCAGCUGGAGGGCCACCUGGCCAUCAACGGCUCGGCCAAUCGGCAGAGCAAGUCGGAGUCGGACUUCUCCGACGGGGACAACGACAGCAUCAACAGCACGUCCAACUCCAACGACACCAUCAACUGCAGCUCCGAGUCGUCGUCCCGGGACAGCCUGCGGGAGCAGACGCUCAGCAAGCAGACGUACCACAAGGAGACGCGCAACAGCUGGGACUCGCCCGUGUUCAGCAACGACGUGAUCCGCAAGAGGCACUACCGCAUCGGACUGAACCUCUUCAACAAGAAGCCAGAGAAGGGAAUACAGUACCUGACUGAGAGAGGGUUUGUUCCUGACACCCCUGUGGGCGUGGCCCACUUCCUGCUGCAGAGGAAAGGCCUCAGCAGGCAGAUGAUUGGUGAAUUCCUUGGCAACAGACAGAAGCAGUUCAACAGAGAUGUCUUGGACUGUGUGGUUGACGAGAUGGACUUCCAGAGCAUGGAGCUGGACGAGGCUCUCAGGAAGUUCCAGAACCACAUCCGUGUGCAGGGCGAGGCCCAGAAGGUGGAGCGCCUUAUCGAAGCGUACAGCCAGCGGUACUGCAUCUGCAACCCCACGGUGGUGCGUCAGUUCAGGAACCCAGACACCAUCUUCAUCCUGGCCUUCGCCAUCAUCCUCCUCAACACGGACAUGUACAGCCCCAACGUCAAGCCCGAGAGGAAGAUGAAGAUGGAGGACUUCAUCAAGAACCUGCGAGGGGUGGACGACGGCGAGGACAUCCCCAGGGAGACCCUGGUGGGGAUCUAUGAGAGGAUCCGCAAGCGGGAGCUGAAGACCAACGAGGACCACGUCUCCCAGGUGCAGAAGGUGGAGAAGCUCAUCGUCGGCAAGAAACCGAUCGGGUCCCUCCACCACGGCCUUGGAUGCGUGCUGUCGCUGCCCCACCGCAGGCUGGUGUGCUACUGCCGUUUGUUUGAGGUGCCGGACCCCAACAAGGUGCAGAAGCUGGGCCUCCACCAGCGGGAGAUCUUCCUGUUCAACGACCUCCUCGUGGUCACCAAGAUUUUCCAGAAAAAGAAGAACUCUGUUACGUACAGCUUCAGGCAGUCCUUCUCGCUCUAUGGGAUGCAAGUCAUGCUGUUUGAGAAUCAGUAUUAUCCCAACGGCAUCAGACUGACGUCGGCCGUGCCCGGUGCGGACAUCAAAGUCCUCAUCAACUUCAACGCCCCCAACCCCCAGGACCGCAAGAAGUUCACCGACGACUUGCGCGAGUCGAUUGCCGAAGUCCAGGAAAUGGAGAAAUACAGAAUUGAGUCGGAGCUGGAGAAGCAGAAGGGCGUGGUGCGGCCCAGCAUGUCCCAGAGCUCCGGGCUGAAGAAGGAGGCGGGGAACGGCAACAUGAACCGCGGGAGUCUGGACGACACCUACGCCAUGGGGGAGGGGCUGAAGAGGAGCGCCCUCAGCAGCUCCCUGCGAGACCUCUCCGACGCAGGCAAGCGGGGGCGCCGCGGCAGUGCAGGAUCACUAGACAGCAAUAUGGAAGGGUCCAUCAUUAGCAGCCCCCACACGUGCCACCGGGCCCCCACGCUGCACGACGGCGCGGCCCCCCGGGGGGACCAGGCCUCCCACCACCACCACCACCACCACCACCAACACCAACAUCAACCACAGCACCACCCCACCCAGCAGCCCUCCCAGCCCUCCCAGCCCAACAUGGCGCCCGCCUCCAUCCUGGGCUCGCUGUUUGGCAGCAAGCGGGGGAAGCCGCCCUGCGCGCCGCAGGGCCACGCCCCCCUGCCCUCCACCGGCCAGCCCACCCUCAUCUCCCACAAGCUGCACCCGGCCAACCUGCACCACACGGCCCAGCAGCCCCCGCCCGGGCCGGGCCACCACGCCCAGUACUGCCCCACCCUCCAGCAGCAGCAGCAGCAGCAGCAGCAGCAGCAGCAGCUGCAGAACCCCCCGCCCUACCACCACCACCACCACUACCACCCCCCGCCCCACGCCCAGCUCCCCCCUGCGGAGGCCGCCGCCUACCCCAACCCCCACGCGCACCCCCACGCGCACCCCCAGCACGGCCAUCACGGCGGCCAGAAUUCCCACCACGCCUCGCACGGCCCGCCGGACAGACACGGGGCCCACCACCACGGCCAGCCGCCGGGCUCCAUGCCCGGAGGACCCAAAGCCAAACACAGCGGCAUCAGCACAGUGGUGUGACCAGGAGGCGGGAGAGGGAACCACGAGGGGCGGCGUGACCGCUGAGACCGGGUGGACGGAGGAGACAAUGCUAACACCAAAGGGAACUGACAGCACUCAUUUACGGCCUGUCCACUGUGCUUCACCUGCUGCUGUGAUGGCGACGGAUCACGGGCAGCCCCCUAUAUAUAAAUAUAUACAUCUCCACACUUCUCAGCAGGAUGCAGCUUGGAAUCGGGCUCUUGGUGUUCUGUCAGUAGGGGGCCUGGAUACGGGCCUCCCCGGGCUCUCUCGGGUUUCAGGGGGGUGUUUCUUGCAGGAAGAGGCCACCCACCCAUUCACCUCCUGCAAAAAAUAACAACAACAGCAAACAGUAAGCUGGCGGUGAUGGCUGAGGCGAAGCUCCUCCACACUGCUCCAUGUAUCCAAUAAGCCUGUGUCUUCCCUUCACCCACUGAGGAGGAAAGGCCGAGGGACCUCAGUCUGUCACCGCGAUGGAGUCCUAUAUUGUACACACUGUUAUUUCCGAAACUUUUUUUAAAAACAACGCUCUUAUCUCCCCAUCAUCAUCAUCAUCAUCAUCUUCAUCAUCAUCCUCUCCAUUAUUAUCAUCGUCAUCAUCAUUAUCGAAAGCUAUUCGCCACCGCCUUCCCUGCCCAACCGCGCGUAGCCGACCAACCUUACUAUAACCAUUUCACAACCUAGCCCGGGUCAGCAGACCGGGGCUCACAUCUGCGUAGACGGACUCGGCCGUAGUAGUUCUAGUGCUGUAUUUACUGUAGAUGACAGCUAUACGUAUUGUCUCUUAGCUCAUAAAUAAAUGUGCCAAUUACUUAUGCAUAAUCUAUUUAGUCAAUAACUUCAUGUACAGUAUAUUGUGCUCUAAGUAAUUUGUAAGAUUAUACUUACAAUUAUCAAUUAAAAAUACAUUUUAUCAGUGAUACACUGACUCUGUAACAACAAGAUGUAAACAUCAGAAGAGAUGGAACUCCCAAAUCAGCCCGGCUAACUAUCUAAUUUGGACUUGUUUUCUUUCCUUUUCUUUGGUUGUUUUUCCUCACAUUCAAUACAAAGCGCUUCGGGAUUGGCAGCUGUAGCACACUGGCCUCCAAACACCAGGCUGGUCUGUAGGAAACCAUCUCUCGGGCUGCUCAGAGUAGCCCUGACUACGCACUGCCUUUUGUAGAUAUGGAUGAUGCCAUAGGGUCCCUUGAGUCUCAGCUAACCACUCUCCACUGUGUUUUUCAGAUAAAGAGGUGAUUUAAAAGGCCUUGCCGGUGUCUUCUGUAUACCGAGACACGAGCCACUUUACCUACAGACCCAUAUAUAUAUAUAUAAAUAUACAUAUAUAUAUAUAUAUAUAUAGCUAUAUCUCUGUAUGGAUCAAACAUGUUCCUGAGACGAUUGCCUUUAACAUAUGCGGCAACAAAGAAGCAGCUCUCUUCGCUCUUCAAAUCAAAAGAGUAAAUCACCUUUUUCAAUCUCGUUUUGCCUUCUGUUCUUUGUUUACAGACCGGUGAUGGAAUACUCUGUUUUGUUUCAUAUUUUUUGAACACAUGUGCAAUAUCUUAUUUUGUACAUUCAGAACACGCACGGCAUACCCUCCUGUUUGUGCGUUUCUUCAUGUUGUGUCAUAAUUUAUUUAUUUAGUUUGGACCCCCCCCCCCCC